CUGUCCGUCAAAGGAAGGGCGACCCUCGCUGCUGGAAGAGCGCGAGUGGUCCCGGGGGUCCGUCCGCAGACCUGUCAGGGGUGCCCGCUCCUUCUGCCCGCAGGACAGAGGCCCACGGAGAGCCUGGCAGACCUUGUUGUUUCUCGAACCUCCGUGGGUGCCCCUGGCUGCGUGUCAUUCCCACUUCCCACUAAGUGAAGCUUUGGGGCCGACUCGCCCCCGAGAAGAGCAGGCUCCGCUGGUGGUGGUCAUCAGUCCUGCUCCCACGUACGUGCGUCCCGCUUACCCUGCUCUCGCAUACGAACGUCACACGCACCCUGCCCUUAGGUACGAAUGUUCUUCACACCAGUGACGGGCGAGGGAGGUCGGCACCCAGGCCGAACCGUUCUCGUUCUGCAGGGCAGGAAGCCGGCCCAGAGACAGCGACGCCCGUGACACGCUUGCAGGUCCUGCCCUGGUACAGUGGGUCCCUGGCUCCUGAGCCAGGUGCUGAGAGGCACGUGUGAAUAAGGCAUGUUUGCUGCUUGCGAGAAGCUUCCGCCCAGUGACUCUUCGGAGCAAUAACAGAACAUGCACACGCAAGACUCCAAGCACAAAUUCACGGUCACGCAGCCACACACUGAGCCAGUGCAGUGACUACAGCACCGUCUGAGCCCAUAGCAGCAGCCACCACGUCCAGAGGCUGCCAUCCCCGGAGAGCCAAGUUCCUAUCUUCUCCACUCUGCAGAAGAAACUAAGGCUCAGAGAAGUCAGCCCCCAUUUUACAGAGAGAGACCCUGAGGCCGAGAGAGACAGGACGCCACAAGCAGCCACGCGGGGCAGGCCCCGGCGAGCCCCUCUGCACGAGGGGCCGUGCUGCGCCCAGGGGCCAGGACAACCAGCCGGAGGCCUUCGCAGACCGUGGCUUGGCCUGCGCCGGAGCUCUCGGAUGCAGGAGCGUGUUCGUGGCAGGCCAGAGCCGUGCAGACAACGGGCCAAGAGAAACAGAGUGGGGUGGUGGUUGAAGCCCUGCGCGGGGCCCAGGAAUGAGCCCCAGCUCUGUCGCCUCUCGCUGCUGUGCCACCCUGGAUAGGUCCCUUCUUUGCUCUGGCCUCAGUUUCCUGCCUGCGAUCUCAGGGGUGGGACUCUGGGCACCCAGGGCCCCGCGCUCCCCUGAGGCUGGCUGAGGCCAGGGUGCCUGCGGCCGUCUCCCUGGGGGCUGGGGCCAGCACCCUUCGAGAACAUUUGCUCUCCCGACCAACGGACAGCCUGUGCCUCCUCCACCCUCGCCCCCUUGCUGUCCCCAGACCAACGAAGCGCAUUGUCUUUACCAGCCCUGUGGGUGCUGGCUGGGCGGCCGGCCGCAGGCCGCAGGCGGAGGUGCCACCCGCCAGAGCCCCGCCAGACACACAGGGCAUUGUCCCUCGGUCAACAGCCCCUGGGCACCUCGGCCCAGCUCCCGGCCUGCCCCCACGCCCCUCGCCGCCUGCUGCUGCACCAGGCCCAGCCAGCUGGGGCCCUGGGGCUCCCAGGCGAUGAUGAGCCCACCCACCCACGCCCCCGGCAGCCCCCUGAUGAGCUAUAAUUGCUUCGCUCCGUCCUGUUGCUGCCACUCUCGGGGCGGCGGCAUCUGGGCUCCGGGCGGGCGGCAGCUGCGGGCCGGUCGCCGGGCUCACGGGAUGGACUGGCUGCACCACCUGCUCUUGCUUCUCACCAUCUCCGUCUUCCUGGGGCUGGGCCAGCCCAGGAACCCCAAAGGCAAGCGGAAGGGGCAAGGGCGGCCUGGGACCCUGGCCCCUGGACCUCAGCAGGUGCCGCUGGACCUGGUGUCCAGGGCAAAGCCGUUUGCCCGCAUGGAGGAAUACGAGAAGAACCUUGGGGACAUGGUGGCCCAGCUGAGGAACAGCUCUGAACUGGCCAAGAGGAAGUGUGAAGUCAACCUGCAGCUCUGGCUGUCCAACCAGAGGAGCCUGUCACCCUGGGGCUACAGCAUCAACCACGACCCCAGCCGCAUCCCCGCGGACCUGCCGGAGGCGCGGUGCCUGUGUCUGGGCUGCGUGAACCCCUUCACCAUGCAGGAGGACCGCAGCAUGGUGAGCGUGCCCGUGUUCAGCCAGGUGCCCGUGCGCCGCCGCCUCUGCCCCCUGCCGCCGCGCGCCGGGCCCUGCCGCCAGCGCGCGGUCAUGGAGACCAUCGCCGUGGGCUGCACCUGCAUCUUCUGAGACGCCCGCCCGCGCCCCCAGCCGCGAGCCAGGCGGUGGCGGGUGAAGCGAGACCUCGGGUUCGCUCCUGGGGCUCCGAAGCCAAAAGCCGUGGGAGGUCGAUUCCGGCAGAGAUGAAGGAAGACCCGUCACCCCGAGGCCUCCACCGCGGAGACAGCGUAUUAAACAUUUCAUUCAUUCCUACCA